GAGGGGCGUGGCCAACCUAACAACCAGGAAGGUGUUAAGAUGACAUCAACAGGUAGCAGCCUCCACCCUGCAGCAGCAUCAGGAAGCUCAGCAGAGUUUGAGCAGCAGCAGAGACACACAGUCGACCCUCCGCUCACCUGAACAGUGUAACCAUGAGGUGGCGCUCUCUUCCCCUCCUCCUCGUCUCCUUCCUCCUCGUCUCCUUCCUCCUUGUCUGCAGAGCUAAAAGUUCAGAGUUCAGGAUCUGUGCGUACACUCUGCAGAGAUUCAACUCGGAGAAGGCGUCCGACUACAGAGUGAUGCACACUCUGACGCGGAUUGUGUCUCGCUGUGACAUCACUCUCCUGCAGGAGGUGAUGGAUCCGGACGGUAAAGCCAUCAGAUCUCUGCUGGCGUCCCUCAACAGGUACAGUGAAAGGGAUAUUGACAGGUACGAGGACUACAACUACGAGGUGGUGUCCAGUAAGAGUCUGGGAACAUCUGCCAACAACAUGCAGCAGUACGUCUUCAUCUACAGGACAGACACGGUGAGCGUGCUCGGGGAGCAUCAGUACAAGAAGACACAAUCGUUCACCAGGGAGCCGUUCGCUGUUCACUUCCAGAGUCAGAGAACAGCGAUAAAGGAGUUUAUUCUGGUUCCUCUGCACGCGGAGCCCACACGGGCGGUGCAGGAGAUCGACCGACUCUACGACGUCUUUGUGGAGGUCAGCAAGAAGUGGAAGAACACGAAUGUGAUGUUCCUGGGAGGUUUCUACGCCAGCUGCGCCUACAUGAACCGACAAGACAGGAAAAACAUCCGACUGUUCCAGACCAAGUUCUCCUGGCUGAUCGUAGACAGAGUGGACACGACCGUCACCGACAUGACCAGCUGUGCUUACGACAGGAUCGUGGUGCACGGUCAACCCUUCCUGAGGGGGGUCAAAGCGUCCUCUGCGAAAGUCUUCAACUUUGGCAAAGACUUAAAAAUCCCCCGAGCUAAGGUGGUGGAGAUAAGCGACCACUACCCUGUGGAGGUUAUACUGAAGAGCUCCGCCCUCCUCCUUCAGGCCACGCCCUUCCUGAGCCUCCUAUUCAUUUGCACAGUCGUCCAAUCCUUCCUAUCUGCUCUGUGAUCGUCUGGUCGGGUCUGCUCACCUGAACUCUGAUUAAUCUAUCGAUCAGGUUUCACUCAACGAGUCGGAAAGUCACAUGACUAGUGAUUAAAAUACCAAAUAACUUUGAAGUUUUUUUUAAAUGUCUCUAUUUGAACUUGAAUGACUUGAAUUUGGCGCCCCCUUGUGGACAACGUGUUCCCUCUGAAGCGCACUCUGUACGACUGUAUCGUUAAACGUUGUACGAGCAAAGAUCACGAUCACGCUGUGCGAGUUAAAUCAGAACGGAGCGUUCACAAGUUUCACAGACGGAGGAUGAAGUCAGAUUCUGUUUUUGUGUAAGAACGAGAUGACAACAUGUAGACCUGGACCACCACACAGCCGUCCCCUGUCAGAGGACAGAGUACAACAUGUAGACCUGGACCACCACACAGCCGUCCCCUGUCAGAGGACAGAGUACAACAUGUAGACCUGGACCACCACACAGCCGUCCCCUGUCAGAGGACAGAGUACAACAUGUAGACCUGGACCACCACACAGCCGUCCCCUGUCAGAGGACAGAGUACAACAUGUAGACCUGGACCACCACACAGCCGUCCCCUGUCAGAGGACAGAGUACAACAUGUAGACCUGGACCACCACACAGCCGUCCCCUGUCAGAGGACAGAGUACAACAUGUAGACCUGGACCACCACACAGCCGUCCCCUGUCAGAGGACAGAGUACAACAUGUAGACCUGGACCACCACACAGCCGUCCCCUGUCAGAGGACAGAGUACAACAUGUAGACCUGGACCACCACACAGCCGUCCCCUGUCAGAGGACAGAGUACAACAUGUAGACCUGGACCACCACACAGCCGUCCCCUGUCAGAGGACAGAGUACAACAUGUAGACCUGGACCACCACACAGCCGUCCCCUGUCAGAGGACAGAGUACAACAUGUAGACCUGGACCACCACACAGCCGUCCCCUGUCAGAGGACAGAGUACAACAUGUAGACCUGGACCACCACACAGCCGUCCCCUGUCAGAGGACAGAGUACAACAUGUAGACCUGGACCACCACACAGCCGUCCCCUGUCAGAGGACAGAGUACAACAUGUAGACCUGGACCACCACACAGCCGUCCCCUGUCAGAGGACAGAGUACAACAUGUAGACCUGGACCACCACACAGCCGUCCCCUGUCAGAGGACAGAGUACAACAUGUAGACCUGGACCACCACACAGCCGUCCCCUGUCAGAGGACAGAGUACAAACUGUAGACCUGGACCACCACACAGCCGUCCCCUGUCAGAGGACAGAGUACAAACUGUAGAUUCAAAAACUCUGAAUAUUCAUGUUUUUAUCUUCUUCUCAUCUGUUGGUUGUUUGUGUCUUCAGAUGUAAAUAUUUACACUCUGUCAGUUAUGUUUUAAUAUCCAGUAAAGUUUUGUAUAUUAAACAUUAAAAAGCUUUUUUCAUUA